GGGCUGAGUGGACUUGCCGCAUCAGCGUAGCAAGCAAUCUCCUCGAGUGCAGGCAGAGCGUCAAGCUUUCGGUGUGGAGCGAGGAGCAGAGCGGAAGCGAAGAUGGUGAAGCUCGCGUUCGGGAGCGUCGGCGACUCCUUCAGCACCACCUCCAUCAAGGCCUACGUGGCCGAGUUCAUCGCCACCCUCCUCUUCGUCUUCGCCGGCGUCGGGUCCGCCAUCGCCUACGGGCAACUGACCCAUGGCGGCGCGCUCGACCCUGCCGGCCUGGUGGCGAUCGCGAUCGCCCACGCGCUGGCCCUCUUCGUCGGCGUCUCCAUCGCCGCCAACAUCUCCGGCGGCCACCUCAACCCCGCCGUGACCUUCGGCCUCGCCGUCGGCGGCCACAUCACCAUCCUCACUGGCCUCUUCUACUGGGUCGCCCAGCUGCUCGGCGCCUCCGUGGCGUGCCUGCUCCUCAAGUUCGUCACCCACGGCAAGGCCAUCCCGACCCACGGCGUCUCCGGCAUCAGCGAGCUGGAGGGCGUGGUGUUCGAGAUCGUCAUCACCUUCGCGCUCGUCUACACCGUGUACGCCACCGCGGCCGACCCCAAGAAGGGCUCCCUCGGCACCAUCGCCCCCAUCGCCAUCGGCUUCAUCGUCGGCGCCAACAUCCUCGCCGCCGGGCCCUUCAGCGGCGGCUCCAUGAACCCCGCCCGCUCCUUCGGCCCCGCCGUCGCCGCGGGCAACUUCGCCGGCAACUGGGUCUACUGGGUCGGCCCGCUCAUCGGCGGUGGCCUCGCUGGCCUCAUCUACGGCGACGUCUUCAUCGGCGGCUCCUACCAGCAGGUCGCCGACCAGGACUACGCCUAAGUCCGAUGGACUGAACCGAUCGAGAGCGUUUCAAUCUUCGUCGUCGCUUGCUUUGCUCUUCGACACGUGACAUGGUCACGAAUUUGUAUUUACGAAUGAUGUGUCGUCCAUGGUUCUUGUGUUCAUUUCACUUUUCUUUUUGUUAAAUCGAUGUAAAGAUCUCAACCGAUCUGCGGUUCUCGUCUUUGAAGGGGAAAAAAUGUGCUUUACUUUUUUA